AUGUCAGUAACAAAAUCUGAUCCCGUUCAUAUUGAUAAAAAUGUCUUAUAUGAAAUUGGACCAAAUUUUUGGAAUAUACGAGUAAAUUUUAAAAUGUUAGCUGGCCUAAUUGAUAUUGGUUCUCAUAUGUCAUUAAUUCGAUUAAAUAAUGGAAAAUUUCUUAUUAUUAAUCCAGUUAUAUUAAAUGAUCAAAUACGAAAUGAAAUCAAUCGUUUAACAGAUAAUGGAAAAAAUAUUCAAGCUGUUAUUGGUGUACAUCCAUUUCAUACAUUAGCAUUUCAAACAUUUUAUGAAACAUAUCCAAAUGUAGAAUAUUAUGGUACACCAAGACAUUUAAGACGAUUUACACAAAUACCAUGGAAUGGUUCACUUGACGAUUGUAAUGUAAGAAAAAAAUGGGAACCAGAAGUAGAAAUGCGAAUACCAGCUGGUGCUGAAUUUAUUAAUCCUUUACCUGAAUCAAGUAAUCAUUUUGUAAGUGUUUUUGUAUUUCAUCGUUUAUCACAUACUAUACAUGUUGAUGAUACGAUUAUUUAUGGUGAUCAUCCAAGUUUUCUACUUAAAUUAAUUGGUUUUAAACAUGGUACAAUGGCAUUUCAUCCAUCAAUUAAAGGGCCAGGAUUAUAUCCAACAGUUGAUGCUCCAUUUGAAUUUCGUGAUUGGAUGAAAAAUAUAUUAAAAGAUUGGCCUUUUGAUAAUAUUUGUUGUGCACAUAGUGGUGUUAAAAUAGGUGGAGCACAUCAAUUAGUUGCUGAAUUAGUUAAUCAAGCUGAACCCUUAUUUAAUAAAUUAAGUGAAAAAAAUCGAAAGAAAAAUCCAAAUAAUGAAAUACCACCUGGAAAUCAUCCAAAUAUGAAUGUUAGUGGAGAUGAAUGUGGUUAA